GAUCCAGCUUGUCCCCAAAGCUUGCCUUGCUUGGAAGCAUCCGACGGUAAAGAAUCUUCACCUAUGCCUGUGAUUUGUGGGCCUGAAGAAAACCAUCCAUCCUUGCAAAUGUCUUCUGCUGAGAUGCCUCACCUGGAGACUGUCUCUCCUCUUCCUUCCUCCAUGGAUCUUCUUAUUCAGGACAGCCCCGAUUCUUCCACCAGUCCCAAAGGCAAACAACCUACUGCUGCAGAGAAUAGUGCCACAAAAAAGGAAGACAAGGUCCCUGUCGAGAAACAGACCAGAACUGUGUUCUCUUCCGCCCAGCUGUGUGUACUCAAUGAUAGAUUUCAGAGACAGAAAUACCUCAGCCUCCAGCAGAUGCAAGAACUUGCCAACAUCCUGAACCUCAGCUACAAACAGGUGAAGACCUGGUUCCAGAACCAGAGAAUGAAAUCUAAGAGGUGGCAGAAAAACAACUGGCCAAAGAAUAGCAAUGGUGUGACUCAGAAGGCCUCAGCACCUACCUACCCCAGCCUCUACUCUUCCUGCCACCAGGGAUGCCUGGUGAACCCGACUGGGAACCUUCCGACGUGGAGCAACCAGACCUGGAACAAUUCAUCCUGGAGCAACCAGACCCAGAACAUCCAGUCCUGGAGCAACCACUCCUGGAACGCUCAGACCUGGUGCACCCAGUCCUGGAACAAUCAGGCCUGGAACAGUCCCUUCCUGUAUAACUGUGGAGAGGAAUCUCUGCAGUUCUGCUUGCAGUUCCAGCCAAAUUCUCCUGCCAGUGACUUGGAGGCUGCCUUGGAAGCUGCUGGGGAAGGCCUUAAUGUAAUACAGUAGACGACUAGGUAUUGUAGUACUCCACAAACCGUGGAUUUAUUCCUAAACUACUCCACGAACAUGCAAGCUGAAGUUGUGUGA